UGGUAGAUAACACGGAUAUUAAAAGACUGUUAACUUCAAGCACAAAUCAUUCUAGCAACUUGCUGCUUGCAUCAACAUUGCAACGUUUAGCGAUAAUUAACAUCCAAAAUAAUAAGAAUAUUUUCGAAAUGAAUCGUUAUUCGUCACUUUCGCGAUUUCGUUUCUAGAAAUUUCCUUUUCAGGUGAAGAGAUUUCCUUUUUAUUACUCAGAGUAAUCGUCACAAUAAUACAACUCCAACGUGGUUGGUGUCACUUUCUCGAUAUGCUCGCAAUCGAAGAGAAGGUUAAGGUUAAGACCGACUGAUUAAGAUUCGUCGCGAAAUCAUCUGUCUGUGACUCAUCUGUGCUCAUCUUCUUCUGGGAAUUAUGGAUCCCGGCGUCCUUUCGCGGCUAAUUCCGCAGAGUAAAGAGCAGGUGAGACCAGCCUGCAAGAAAUGCGGCUACGCCGGACACUUAACCUAUCAGUGUCGCAACUUUAUCAAGAUCGAUCCCAACAAGGAGAUCGUGCUGGACGUGAGCAGCACGAGCUCGGACAGCGACGAGAAUUAUGUCACCCCGUUGACGGAGCUGCGGGAGCGCGAGUUGCGGAAGAAGCUGCGGGUGGCGAGGAAAAAACGGCGGGAAAAGAAGGCUAGGAAGAAGCGUAAGAGGAAACGCGAGAGCUCGGAGAGCAACGACAGCGAGUCCUCGUCGUCAUCGUCCUCAUCCUCGUCGUCGUCGUCCAGCGAGGAGGACAAGAAGCACAAGAAGGGAAAGAAGAGGAAGAAGAAGAGCUCCAAAAGCAAGAAACGCAAGAAGCACAAGCGGCACGAUGAUGACGAUUCGUCUGAUGGAAGCGAGGCAAAAGAUCUGUUCGCGUUGGUUGAAAUCUCUAAAAUUGUAUGCAUUUAAAAGGAGAUAAAUAUA